GUCGACUCAGAGAAGAAGGGGGAAUUGUGUCCCGGUUGGUCCAGCGCAGUAAACGGGUGCAUCAUUACAACAACACACAUGAACCGAGCGCUUUGUGUGUGUGUUCAGUCUCUACUGCAGGAUCAGUCCAGCUGCAGCACAUCUGCUGUGUGUUAGAAACCGGUGUUUAAACCGAAUCGUUUACAAACACACGUCCAGCAGGAGUGAAGAGGAGAUGAUGAAGGAUCAUCUCCGGUGGUGAAGGAGAGGAUCAUGACGCAGCGGCCGGAGACCACAGUCUGAACACUGCGGGGGAAAACAGCACCGACUCCGGCACAAUGAGUCGGGAUUCAUCCUCACAGACUCGGGAAGGAGAAUAAACUAUGUUUUCUUUCUAUCGAGAUGAUCUCUUCGGCUUCUUCUAUCACACUCCUCACUCCCAACGACCUCGAGUCGGGAUUGGGCGUGUGAAUUAAACUUCUCUCCAGUCUCUUCAAGCCUCGAUCUCUGUCCCUUCUCAUCCCACUUUCCAGAGACGAUGGACAGUCCUCCGAAGCUGGCCGGAGAGACACUGAUUGUUCAUCACAUCCCUCUAGUGCACUGCCAGGUUUCCGGUUCGCAUCAGCGCUGCAGGAGCCCUCUGAGGAAAAGCAACAACCCGUUCAGCUGCCCAGAAAACCUGGGCCUGAUCCGCACCACCUCGCUUCCCGAGAGAGAUGUCCUCCAGCGCGAGGCUCUAGUGUACAGCAGCCUGAUCCAGACCUCCAGCUCCAGCGAUGCUUUUGAAGAUGAAGGUAUGAGAGGAGGAGAGAAAAAAGGAGUGAGAGGUGGAAGCAUGGCAAGCGACACUUCCUCUUUCACGUCCAGCAAUUCUGAAGAUGCACUUCCUAAAGUCCUGACCAAGAAGGUGCACAACAGGCCAAGCUCACUCAGACACAAUCCCUUCCUGCUGAAUGCGCGGGAAGACGAUUAUGAUGAUGAUGAUGACGAUGAUGGACACAACCUGAAUGGAUACUUGGAGGAUUCUUCCUUUCACUUGCAUGGAAACUCAAAUGCAUCCUUAGACGACAGAGUGGACUUGGCUCCAUUCCAUCUGCAUGAGCUGGGCUACAACUCCGGAUCGUUCCACCUGCAUGAAUCUUUAGAGAAGCCCUGGGGUUCUGACCAGAAGGGGGCUUCUGGGCGUCAUUUUUCUGCCCGUCUCGAGGGGCUUGAUCUUUUAGGGCUGGACAUUCAGCAUCGUCAUGGCAGCAGCGGCUCCACCCUGUCGAUGGACUGUGGAGAGCAAGAGUGGGACGACGAUGAUGACGAUCAGUCCAUGCAAGGUGGCCGAGGCAGUUCGGAAUGUUGUGGAUGCUCCCGGACGUAUCCUGAAUCGUUCCCAGACUUUGCACACGGUUACUGCAGCGAUUCAUCCUGCAACAGCUCUGACGGCAUUCUGGUCAACUUCAGUACCAUCUACAACAAGACGAACAACAUCGUCCCUGACAAGCCAAUCAACCUAAACAGCUCCUGCACCUCUUCCGUAUCUGAGCCAGUCUGUAUGGGCGGGGCUGAAUAUGUAAGUGGAGGUGGAGCUUUUUACUUGGACUUGCACAGAUCUCCAACGGAAGCUCCCCAGGAAGCCACCGACCUUCCGUCUUCCUCUUCCUGCCUAUGCUCUUCCCAGCCACAAGGUGGCAAAGUGGAGCUUGACGCUAACUGCAAUUCCUAUCACAACCACGAAGGUCUGUUACCCUCUGAGACCUCAGCCAAUGACCUCACUUCCUGUAUGCAGAGCCAGGCACAGCUGGUUGUCGCAACCCAGAACUACUACAAGCUGGUAACCUGUGAUGUUUCAACACAUUCCUCCCCAAGUCCUGCAGGAUCUUCAGUCACAAGCUGCUCUGAUGAACACAGCAAAGGAAGUCCCACCCAGCCCACAGAGUACUUCCUGUUUAGGCACACUAAAGAGCGAGAAGAGGAAGAAGAGCAAGGAGAAAAUGCACAGCAGUGUGAGAAGAAGGCGGAGCCACCGAUGAGUAACACUGACUCCAUGCGUUCAAAUGUGAUUGAGGGACAAGUGUACGUCAACGUCUCACCACCUGUGGGAGGAGCUUCGGUCGGGGCCCGCCUUCGUUCCCGUAGCUAUGAUCGGAACCUGGACAAGACCCCACAGCCUCGUCUAGGCUCUCUGGAGCGCAUGCUAAGCUGUCCUGUGCGUCUCAGUGAGGGUUCCAGUCCGGGCCUGCCUCCUCCACCACGCGUCACUUCCUUCGCUGAGAUUGCAAGGAACAAAAAGAAGAACGGCGGAUCUCCUUCUCAGAAGACUGGUGCCGAAGCCUCUUCUGUUCACUCCCACUCGUCUGGAGAGUUCUCCCCGAUUCUUGAAGAUCUGUCCUCACUGAUUAACUCCCCCCACUGGAGCGCACCACUCAGAGCCUCGCCGGGGGGAGCAGCGAAAGAGACGCGGACCAAAGCAGAAGGUGGACUGUCCAGUUCUGCUGACUCGUCUCCAGCAGUAGUGCGCUACACUAAAGACCAGCGUCCCACUACGUUACCCAUCCAGCCCUUCACCUUGCAGCAGCAGUUCGGGAAACCCCAGACGAAGCCCGUCCUCCCUCUGCUGGACGAGUACAUCAAUCAUAUGCAGGCUCGUUUUGGCUCCGCCCCAUCUGAACGGGACGAGGAGGACUCAGACGACGAUGGUCAGCGUCCCCGGCCGUCUCCUCUGGGCAGUUAUUCGCCACCCCGAUCCCUCUCCUGCCCUGCCCCGCUCUCUCACACCCCGACUGGGGUCGCCAAGCUGGCCCCACUACCCCCGACUCCUCCCCCUGCCACCAGGGGGCAUUGUUUCCAGCGAGCUAAUCGGAGUACAUUACCCACACUGCCCAGCUCCGGCCUCAGUCCAAUGGCACAGCUGGACCCGGGACCUCAGGAAGAGGAAGUGAAAGAAGCUCCUGUGUGUAUGACACAGAGACCGCACAAUGGUCAGUCAUUGAGGUGUUACAGUGACCUGCUGCCAGAUUAUUUCUCUCAGACAGAGCGACCCCCGGAGGAGUUCUGCCUCUCACCUGACGCAACCACUGAAGAGUCCAUCUCCAUCGACCUGCAUCAGAAGAGAGGUCUGGUGAAGGCCAUAAACACAGCAGUGGAUCUGAUUGUGGCUCAUUUCGGCACCAGUCGGGAUGCAGGAAUAAAGGCAAAGUUGGGCAACAGCUCGGUGAGUCCCAACGUGGCUCACUUGAUCCUGAAGUACCUGUGUCCCGCCGUGUGUGACGUGCUGCAUGACGGCCUGCGAGCGUACACACUUGACAUCAUCAUUGGUCAGCGGCGCAAUCAGCCCUGGAGCGUCGUGGAGGCCUCAACACAGCUCGGUCCUUCUACACGUGUAUUACACAGCCUCUUCCUGAAAGUCAGUCAAUACUCGGAGCUGACCAAUCACAGCAUGAGACUCAACGCCUUCAUCCUAGGACUCUUAAACUUGCAAUCUCUGGAAUUCUGGUUUAAUCACAUAUACACACAUGAAGACAUCAUAGCGGCCCACUACCACCCAUGGGGUUUCCUUCCCCUUUCUCAAGGGGCAUGUCAGCCAAUGUUUGAGGAGUUGCUGCUCCUGCUUCAGCCACUCUCGCUCCUGCCCUUUGACCUCGACCUUCUGUUCGAACCGCAUCAGCUGCAGAAAGGUCAAGAGCACCUGAGGUGCAAAGAGCAGCUCUGCUCCACCCGCCAGGGCCUCGAACAAUCAGCUCGCUCCACGUUCCAGCUCAUGAGGGGCCCGACAGAGCCUAUACAGCUAAAACAAGAGGUGGGGUCAAAUCAGAAGGGGGCGGAGCAGCUUCACAGAGGCAGGUUUGCGUUAAGGUGUGAGGGAACCUGGCCUCGAAUGGAUGGGGCAGAGUCUAAAAAACAAGUGCGGAGGGUGCGAAGGAGCGACAGGGCAGGUAGUGAAUCAGAGAGUGAAGGGCUCGUUUUGCACACAGGCAGGAUGAACGGAGUGGGCGGGGAGGACAAAGAGAGGGAGAGGAGGAAGGAAAGGGAAAGAGAAAGAGACGGAGAGAGAGACAGGUUAAGAAGCAAGCAGGCAGGAUGGUGGUUCCAGCUCAUGCAGAGUUCUCAGGUCUACAUCGAGAACUCUGCUGAGGGCUCCAAGUUUGUCAAGUGGGAGAAGCGCAAGAAAGGAAGUGUGGCUGAGGGGCGGAGACAAACCAACCCACCCCCAAGAGUGGGCGUGGUCGAAGGUGCAGAGGCUCAUCAAGCAACGCAUGAAAAUCCAGAAACCACAGUGUGCAACGACACGCGUCGUACCGCCAGUACUGGAACCUUUCCCCAAUCAGAACAGUUCAAAGCGAUUAAAGGGAAGCCAUCUUGGAUGGGCAGUCCCCCGGAGUCAGUGCUGAGCGAGCUAAAGAGGACGAACGAGACACAGCCGGAGGGGGCAGGAGCGGAAACGCAGACAGCUCAGAAUCUACGCUGGGGGCGAUUGUUCGGAGCCGGAAACGUCGGCAAAACGGAGAAAACGGAACUCAAAUCAUCCAAGAACCCGAAAAGCAUGUUGCCGUCGGGUUGGCUGAGUUUGGAUCGGUCCGUGCUGGACUUGGUGGUGCAGUCUGUUGGGAAAAGGGCGGAGCCUCAGGCAUUAAACACACACAGUGCUGAGACACAACACUGCCAAACACAGCAGGACCAAACACAGGAGCCCAACACACAGACAACAGCUGCACGUGAGGUAAGGGCAUUGUGCCACCACAUCGCCACGGAAACAGGUCACCUGAGCUUCCAUAAGGGUGACGUGUUGCGGGUCCUGAGCAGAGCGGACUCUGAUUGGCUGCUGUGCUCCCUUGGCGACGCCCACGGCCUGGUGCCGAUCAUCUACGUUACAUUAAACGACGAGGAGAGCGAAGAUCCUCGAGGGCCACAGUGAACACACACACACACACACACACACACAGAAGUACACAUCGUUUGGGAUGUGCAUCUUCAUUCACUCUGAUAAAGGAACAGGUUAAACAAACAUGGCUAACACUAAUGUUAAUCUUAAACAAAUAUGGGUAUCGUCAUAUUUAUUGCCUGCUGUAUGAUAACAUUUGCCAUGCAAGAGACACGCAAACAGAAAAAAGCCAAAUCAGUGUGUCAUGAAACUACCAAAAAAAUACAAGAUCAUGCUAGUGACGCUAAUAUUACCCUUCGUUGUUAGCCGUGUUAACAUUGCCAGGUUUCCCGCUGACUUGUUGCUAAAACUAUGUAGCGCUCCUUCUUUCGUUCUCUUUCUUUCUGUGAUCUUUAUUAUGGUAUUACAACAGGUUUUUUUAAUGCACAUGCAAGACGUGAUUAGCGUUUAGAAAGUUUAGCACCUCAACAAAUUCUCAAAAGACACAAACAUCGACAUAGCAGCCCAACUUCAUGAACAUGAUUAUCAGCGACAGUGUUGCUCUCUACGCCUGUAGCACUGUCCGCUUUUAUAUAAACACGUACGAUUUUGUGUAAAUAUAUGGUCUGACAUCAUGUACGUAAACACGUGUACAGAAGCAGUGCAGCAGUCAUAAUGAGGUUAUAACUAGGGCCAGAGCGAAACGAACAUUCUGACACCGUUACCGAUUUUAAUAUCGGCUGAUUUACUCUGUAAAAUAUUUAAAUGGGGCAUUACUGAUAUAAUUAUCAGCAGACACGAGCGCAUGCUUAUAUAGAAUGGAUUAGUGAAAUUUACAGCUCAUGUAUACAAAAACCCCUUCUCCUGCGGGUGAUUAGCGCCCCCUGGGGACCAACCACGUGUCUGCUGGCUGUUACAAAAAAUUAUGUAAACUGUGAGAAGGUCCUAGUGAGCAAAACUGAUUGCUUACAAAAGUCCAGAUAAUUAUUAACAUGACUGAAUGACAACAACCGUUAACCAUUAAUGAUUAGUUUAUAGCUACAAAGAAGACGAUUUGAAUUUGGUUGUUCUGUUUCGUAGAGGUGCUUCACGUUAUCCCUUAUGUCUUCGACUUUCCUUUAAAGAAGCCAUAAUGUCAGUUAACUGAUCAAACCAGACAAUGUAAAUAAAUUUAAAUACGUACCAAAGUGUACUUUUAAACUGAGCCAGUCUCUGGUUUAGUUAGAUGCCUUCCGCUAAAUAAUUAACAUUUUAGUUAAAGUAAUACAGAGGAUCUGCUAGAAGCUAGAAUAAACUACGGGCAUACGUUUAUCAGCUCUGUUACAGUACUAAUUACCCCCCACACAUACACACACACACACUUCUGGAAUGCCGUGGUACACAAAUUGACGAGCCACAACCUUUAAGGAGACACUGCUCUAUCCGUGUGUCCCGACACCUUUAAUAUCGAUAUACUGCUCUGGCGCUAGUUAUAACAAACGCAACAUACUAAACCUAAAGAUUAGCACACGUCCGUGUGCUGUGUUACGUCAGUGAACGAGAUGGUGGCCCGUUCGCUAAGCAGGUCCUUCAUUGUUAUGUUGAUCCAUCAUGGUUCUGUAGGUAACGUUUAGCUCAGAGUUACGGCAGCUUAUUCACUACAUUGUUCAAUUUAAUGGUUCGUUUUAUACAGCGAUAGCAGCUAACUACCAAACUACCAAGCUAUUUAUGUUUACUCCAGUGACCGCCUCUCAUAGGAAUGCUAGCUUUAGCAAAAAAUAUAAUUGUUAACCCAUUUUCAUUAAAUGUGGCAAUAUGUGACGUUUAUGUCAGCAGUAUCGCUAACCAUGUGGCUGAUUUUAGCCAAUGAGACGUCAGGGCGGGGCAGUUCGGCACAGGGACUCUGUAUAACGUUACGAGUUACCACCUGUAUUACUGAAUACACACGAACAUGAAGACAAACGCCCCCCGAGACUCAACAGUGAACUCUUCGCAUCAACUUCCUGCUGUUCUGACCAAUCAGAAGCAGGACUGAGGGCGGGGCCAGGGAAUAUCUUGCAUGUCAGACCAAACUACACGUCUUCAUUCGCUGCACCUACAGACACCUUCUUCUGCUGGAGGAGGAGGGAAAGGAGGAAGCUGUCACCAGUUUUAGCCUUGGCGUUAACAUUAGCUGCUUAAAGAACACUAUGGGUUUGUUUAGUUUGAGUCCUUAUUUAAAAAGCAUUGUAGCUAGGCACGUGCCGAUAUUCAGGUGCACGAUAUAUCGUGAUAUUUAACACAAGCAUUCAGGAUCAGAGAUGAAGAAGUCUGUCCAAAUGACGGUCCCAGGACAAAUCUGAAGACGUGUCUUUCUUUUAAGAGUUGUGUAGAAAACACGGAGUACAGAAUAUAUCUGAAUUAGUAGCUAACGUCGCUCGUAAACGUGGUGUUGUCCUUUAAAUACUGAAAAGAAAGUUAAAUAUCGGCACAUGUCUACUCUUUUCAAAGAAUGACUGGCUUACUAAUAGGCAAGUGAAAGAAAAUAAUUGUAUGUUGAGUUUAUUGUUCUGAAGGUAUCAUAGGAAUGUGUUUAUUUAUUAUUAACAUCAUCUUAUUGUUCUGUCUGUAAGGCACCACUUUAAUCUCAGAUAUGACCUAGAACUGUUGGCUGUGUUAAACAGGACGUGUCAGUCAGUCAGGGCGUACUGAGCAUGAAGUGUGUGCCAGUAAUCUGAUGUACACCGUAGGGGUGGGCGAUAUGAUCAAAAUAUCACAUCACGAUACUUGAAAAUGUUUCUACAUUACAUGAUCUAACAACAAAACUGAUUUAAGUUACAGUUUUAAAGAUCAGAGUUUGUACUUGUUCUAUAAAUACCGAUGAUAUCCGAGAUAUCUCUGAUAUAAUAUAUAAUAACAUCAUAUGGCCCAGCCCUACAGGUUAUUGUAUACUCUACACAGUUUAGGCCGUUAUUGUGAUACGGAAACGUAAUAUCAGAACACACCUAGUGCUUAUAAACUCACAUAACUUAGCCUUAUAGCUUCUUUUUUGAUUAAUUUUUUAACCCGUCCUUUAAACGUGGCUUUUUUCUCAUCGUUCUAAAGGCAUUUUAAUUUUAUUUAGCACAAUAUUGCACUAAUUUAUUUGACGUCUUCACUUGCCUGUGAGUGAACCUGACUCGUGUGAGAAUAAUGUUAUUCCUGAAAACUAUACUGAUUUGUUUUUUACAGAUUACGACAACAGCUUUGGUUGACCAUGUCACGUUAUAAUUUUCUUUCUUCAAAGUUUUAUCAUUUUAUAUUAUUUUCUAAUACAGAAAAUGCAUUUUAUUCAUGAAUUUAUUCCGUCGCGCUUGUAAAUACGUGACAUUCUGGAAGGACUAUGCUAACGUUAUUUGAAAUUGUUAUUAACAGACGUUACUCGAUGUAAUUAACAUGUAAUAACACGUCUACUUGAAUAGGCUGUACAGAAUAGUGCCGUUAUAUGGGACGUUAUUAGAGGACAUUUGGUCUAGAGUUUAGUUUUGCGCUGCAUUAUGUUUGUCACGUUCACUCUUUUCUGUCGCCUAAACACACUCACACACACAGAGAGAGAGAGAGAGCGAGAGAGAGAGAGAGCGAGAGAAAGGGGUUGAUAAUAGACUAGUGCCUUCUUGUAUCACUUCAGGCUUCAGGGCGGUAAACGUAUUGUAGGGAAAGACACAAAAGUCUCCUGACUUUUCCCCCAAAGCAGAAAAUAUGAAAUCACAGUAAUCUACUUUUCAAAAAGCUGUAAAUUGUAUUAAAUUUCUACGUUGUUUUGCUAAACUUCUUAAGGCUUAGAGCAGUUUUCAAAGCGACCAGGCCACAAGUCUGAGAACAGUUUUGAAUCCAAGUGACUAAACCCAGGCAGAUUUUUGUCUGAAGCAAAAAAAAAAAGGAGUGACAAUCCCGAUGAUGGCGUCUGUUAUCUUGAGGCAACUACAGACGCCAUCCUUAGAUCAAUAAUAAACAAAAUUACUGCUCUGGCUGCCACGACUGCGAGUUAAGAAUCUGAAUCGAACCUGUCGACUUUUAGAGGGCCAAACCUGAGCAGUCGGUUGAAGAUCUAAAGCCGGAACAGAAAGCAAUGUACCGUUACGCUGGAUUGGACAAAUACCUAGAGACACAAAUAGAUUUAACAACUGGACUGGUGAACGUCUCAAAUGAUGACGGUGUAGUUCAGCUCAGUAGAUGGAGAAUAUCCUGAUGAAGGUAGAAGAAUGUAAAAGGAAGUGUUUUUGUAGCUCAUGGGAUCUGGUUUAGUGCGUGGAGCUUGUUCUCUCUCUCAGCUCAGCUCUGUUCCUCACACGGGGUGAACACAUUGGGUUUCAGCUCUGAAACAAGCUGUACAGUAGAACAUGAGGAAAGCACAUUUAACAUGAACAUGCUGAUGGCUGUAAAGUGAAAUCUGAAGGGAAAAAACAAACAAAACAGCCAUGUUUUUUUGUAAGUGUUGAUUGGUUAGAUAACUAUAGGACCUAAAAGGCCAUGAUGUAAAGAACGGAGCUCCUCCUUUCCCCUCAUCCUUCUGUACGAUGUGUAUGACAUCACCAACCGUGUAUGGAGAUCAAUUACAAAGUGCUGAUGUGAACGAC